AUGCGUAAAUUGCGAAGGUCCACAUUCAGCAGCUUAUAUGAAUUGUCCAAACUAAAAGCUGAAGCAGCAAUACAGAAAGUAAAGGUAAUGGAAAACAUAAACUAUGCAGAAGAAAAAAGAAAAGUAAAUAUAACCCUCCAAAAACCUACUACGUCCUAUUCUGCUGCCGUCCAAAAGUCAUCAGAAAUGAACAUUCAGCAGAUCAUAUCACAAUAA